UGGGAUGGCGUCCCAGACAGAUUCGCCUUCUCCGCAAGGCAUGCUGUUGUUGUGUGACAAAACAACACCGUUAUAARGCGUUGGAAUAGUUUGGUGAGCAUUACUGCAGCUUCUCUGUUUCUGCGUCUCGAAGGAGUGAGGGGUAAAACAACAAAACAGAUCACUCAUCAAAUAUCCUACACCCAGUUCCACCAUGAAUAUCCAGUCAGCUAUCAACAGGGAGGUAUUUGCUCCCCGGGAUGAGAGGAUGCUAGUGGCUGUGGAGGUGAAGAGGAGAAAGAGGAAAAGGAUCCCCUUUCUGCCCACUGGAGGCAAGGGAGAAUACAUGACAUACAUCUGUUUGUCAGUGACCAAUAAGAGGCCAGCUCAGCUCCUCAUCACCAAAGUCAAGCGAUUUGGAGGCUCCGCCCCCUUCACCAGAAGGUCACAGUGGGCCGUGGAGCAGCUUCGCCAGGUCAACGGCAUCAACCCCAACAAGGACUGCCCAGAGUUUGACCUGGUGUUCGACAACGCCUUUGACCAAUGGGUGGCCAGCUCAGCGCCAGAGAAGUGCAUCUUCAUCCAGAUCAUGUACCACGCCUGUCAGACCUAUUGGGAAGGCAAGGAGGGGGUCCCUGGUAGCCCAGCUGGAGACCAGCAGAAGGGCCAAAGAGGUCAAGGGGGCCAGGGUAGCCCAGGGGCCCAAGGGGGCCAGGGUAGCCCAGGGGCCCAAGKGGGCCAGAUAGGAGGACCAGGGGCCCAGGCUAGACGGAAGAGCACCGUGGGUCCCAGGCCCCGUCAUACUGAGUUUGUCAACUGUCAGUCCAAACUCACGGGAGAUGCCUGCAAAAUGAAUCUGGUCCUGUACCGUUGCAAGGUCUUUUUCAACCGCAUGAAGAAGGUGAUGGUUUCAAACCAAAGCCGUUCUCAGGCUGGAGCAGGUCCUAGAGCAGGUCCCAGUGGGCAGCGCCCUCCAGGGGGCAGUAUGGGUAGUGUAGUCCAGAGGGCCAGCCAGGCCCUGCAGGAGCGUGGGGAGAGACUGGGCCGGGCCGAGGACAAGACGGUAGACCUAAUGCACAAAGCCCAGCAGUUUGCAGACACUGCUCACAAGCUGGCUCUGAAGUAUUCAAACUAGAGGCAUAUCUUCCUGUGGAACUGCUCCUGGAGUCGUUGGCCCUAAUUUUCUUGUUAAUUCUAUGUAAUAACAUUUAUACUAAUCUUUGACUAAGUUGAAACUAAUGGACUAAUGUUGKACUGAGUUGAUACCCAGUGGUCACACUGCAAUUCCUCUGAAGAAUCCUGUCUAGUACUGGGUUAUUGCGCUUGCUAUUAGGACUUAGACUGUGGACAAGCAACUGUCACUUGUGUCAGAAGGACUUUAAAAUGUUUACAGAUGGGCAGUGGGGAGGACGGCCCAGUUAUGGACCCCCCAGGAUUAAAGAAUGACCUUUCACCUCUAGAACUGGACCUGUGGAUUACAUGAUGGUGUCCUUUCAUGGGAUAGAUAGUUGUUAUACUGGAUGGCAAUGUAGUGUCACAAUGUUCCCACUGUUUGAGUGUACACGUCGUCCCUGCUUCAGUAGCCUCUUCUCUGAUAACAAGGAUUUUAGAUUUUUUGUGCGGCUUUAGAUCUUUUAAAUAUGGAUUCAUGAAUUCACACRGUGAACAGCUGACAAGUGAAGUUGAGAACCUACGUGUCUCCACCAUGAAUGUAUAAUUUCAGUGCUGUUUUUUUGUUGUUGUUGCUCAUUGCAUAAAUUAUUGAUCAUUUAUGACUGAAUAGGCACACACAAAGAGCAGCUUGUGAAUAUUGGCACGAACCGAUGCAAMUCGGAUUGCAAAUGAAUUCCUGGUGUUAUUAUUUUCCCACAUUUUUUUUUUCUCUUUCUCUGCAUUGUUGUGAAGGGCCCAUAAGUAAGCAUUUCACUGUUAGUCUA